GUCAAGUUGUGGCAAGUUGAGACGACUGUUUACAUUAAUAAACAAUGUCAAAAAAGUGUGUAAAGCAGUGAUAUAUUGAUAUUUCAUCAAAUAAAGGCAUAUUGAUUGUUACACAAGUGUAUGACCAUUGUUUAUAGAUAUUGACAAUGACCUUAUGAAGCUAUGUACAAGCAAUACCGAAGCAGUCAACAAUCCGUGGAUCAACUACUGGAGAAAAGUUUCUCAAACCUUUCAGUGACAGACCUGAAGAGUCAAGAUGUGCUAGGAGAUGUGACUGAGUCAUCAGACACAGUCAGGCUUGUGUCAGAGUUAUCUGACCACAUUCAUGUUGAAAGUGCUCUAGCGGAGGAGAUACAGAAAUGUUGGGACACAGUUGAUUCCCAGUGUUCAAAGUACAAUGGAACACAGGCUAGAAGUCGGGAACCAGAUGAUGGAGACUGGAAAACCAUUCGUGUGUUUGUUUCUUCAACAUUCACAGACUUCUUUUGUGAGCGAGAGGUCCUGGUGAAGAAGGUUUUUCCUGAACUUCGGGAGUGGCUGCAGACUCGUAAGCUAUAUUUAGUGGACUGUGACCUACGUUGGGGCGUUCCUCAUGACGCAACUACAGCAGAGACAAUUGCAAUAUGCCUGGAUGAACUGGAUCGAUGUAUGGAGGGGACUGGAGGAGAGCCGUUCUUCCUAAAUCUUCUUGGAGAAAAGUAUGGAUGGUGCCCGGCUGAUGAUGAUUUAUCAGAUGAAGUUCGGUCACGCUUUGACUGGGUCCCAGAAACCUCCAUUACAUUUAUGGAAAUUCUACAUGGUGCAAUCAGAAUGCAGAACAAUAAUGCCCAGUUUGCUGUAAGAACAGACUCCAUUAUUAAGGAUGUUCCUGGUCACCUUUUAUCCCGAUACAAAAGCUCGGAGCCCAGAGAUAUUGAACAUUUGAAGGAACUAAAACAUCAGCUCCAGGAGAGGUUUUCCGCUCAGAUAUUUGAUUACCAGUGCAAAGUGGAUGGAGUUGUUACCAAGUUUGGAAAAGAAAUUGUAAAUGUCGUUGAACUGGAAGAGUUUGCAGAGAGGGUUUUGACAUUUUUCAAAACAGCAGUAACCAGAAUGUUCCCAAACCGUUCAGAAGCCAUGCCGGUAAACUUCUCAACUAUAUUGACAGAAGAUGCCAACCAAAGAAGGUUUGUCAGUGAGAUUUCAAACAAUUUGAUUGGUCGAAAAUCAGAUGCUGAAAAAAUACUGGCUUAUGUGAAUGGGGAAAUAUCCAAUUUGGAGAAAGGGAAAUUGGGCACAGGAGACCCAGUAUCAAGAAAGCCAGAACUUUGGGGAGAUCUUGGUUGCCAUGGGAAUGAACUCCUUUGUGUCCAGGGAAAGGCUGGCCAUGGAAAGACAACACUAAUGGCUUGGGUUACACAACACUUGAUAAAGGCUGGGUGUCGCGUGUUCUAUCAUUUUUGUGGCUGUUCGGGGUCGGCGAGUGUCCUGUCUGUUUUGUUACAGCGAUUGUUGGCCUUUCUGACACAAGACUACACCAAGGAAUUUCUAGAUAGCUUAUAUGACAGCGACAAUUCGAUUCUGCUAGAGAAAAUCAAACAAUGCUUGGUUACCAUGGCAACAAAUGAAGACCGUAGAGAGAAACUUGUGUUUGUAUUUGAUGGUCUUGAUCAGCUUACAGAUGCUAACAGCAUGUUCCACCUAUCGUGGUUACCUCCCCAUCUGCCGGGGAACGUUCGGUGUAUUGUAAGCACCUCCACCCACCCACCUACCCUUAAUCGCAUACAGGAACACGCGCAUCUCUUCCUGCAAAUCAACAACCUUCAGAGAGAUGACGCUCAAACAAUCGUUGAAACUUUUCUUGGAAAGUUUAACAAGAGGCUUGACCCCAAACAGCUACAGUUGAUUCUGGAUUCGAAGUGUUCAGAGAGUCCGUUUUGGUUGUACCUGAUCUGCGAGGAGUUACGUAUCUAUGGCGAUUUCCGAACCCUGACACACCGCGUCCAGGCGAUAACAACCAGCAUGGCUGCUGCUCUCCAGGCGAUAUUAACCCGACUUGUGGACGAGGAUGAUACAGGCGCUAUGAAAACGACCUUGUGCCUUAUUGCAUGCAGUGAUGACGUCAUCACGUGCCUCGACUUGCAGCGGAUGCUCGGCGAUAUAUCCGCUCGUGAAGCUCUUCCGCCGAUGACCUGGUCCCGUGUGCGGCGGCACUUGAAGGCUUAUCUCCGCAUCCUGGAUGGCUCUGACACAAUCAGUUUCGUUCAUGCUGACAUUAAACGUGUGAUACAGGAAUGUUUUGUGAAGAACAGGGAUGACAUAUCGCGGUACCACACUAAAUUGUGUGACUACAUCGAACACUGGUGUGAAAACACGCUCUUGAGGCGAGACUUUCUCGCGUUCCAUAUGGUGAAAGCAAAUCUCCAUAAAAGAUUGCUGAACUUUCUGAGAAACGACCUCGACUCCAGCAAGAUUCCAAGCUUCCGAAGAAGUAGCUUUAUAAAUGACAUGAGAUGCCGACAUCUGGCUGACCCCGUGAUCAAGGGUGUCCACCCAGCGCAGAUAUGUCGAUUUUGUAGGCACGGAAAGGCUGUGUUCCACCCUUCUAGAAUGCACUUGAAUGAGAGAAUGUGCGUGGUUUGUGGAGGGUUUACAAUGCCCAUACCUGGACGAAAUGUAGAUGCACACUUGUGCAAUUUUCAUGGUGUUCACAUUCGACCAGAAUCUCCGAAGUGUUUCCUAUGUGGGAAAAUACAAGGGAAGGAAUUUAUGUCCCCUGCUGUACUGUGUAUGCACUGUCAGUUCCAUAACAAUGGCAAACGGUGUUGCGUUGUGGAAGUCAAGUAGACUUCUUUGUUAACCGACGUAGCGUUUAACUGUGGCAUCACGCGGACAAUGCGGAAACAAGUUAUUCCUGACGCAAGGACAAACAAAAACUGCAGAGUGAUACUUUAACAACCUGAAACUAGUAAAUAAAGGAAUACGUGUAUUGUAUUUAUUUCAAUACUAUCUGAUCCGUAUGCAUGCUAUAUAUGCUAACUUUUUGUGCAUAUCUGUGAUAAUUAGUUGCAAUAUGUAAUUUGUUGAUGUAUAUAUGCAAAAAAUCUAUCUAUCUCUAUACACAAAUGUACAUGUUGCUAAAACGAAAUACACAUCUUCUUUCA